AGUUUUUUGGCUCAGCGGAGCCUUUAGACUCAACGCGCUGCUCUCUUGGAGAGAGCCGCCCGUAUCUUCAGCACUAUGUACCGCAACCUCCGCCCCGCUCCCCUGAACAUGGCCCUGGUGCCUGGGCUGCACCUGUCGACGUCCAAGAGCAGCACGUACCAGGACCUCCGCCCUGCUUCCCUGGACAUGGCUCUGGUGCCCGAGCGGCACCUGUCGACGUCCAAGGGCAACACGUACCAGGACCUCCGCCCUGCUCCCCUGGACAUGGCUCUGGUGCCCGGGCGGCACCUGUCGACGGCCAAGGGCAGCACGUACCGGGACCUCCGCCCUGCUCCUCUGAACAUGGCCCUGGUGCCCGGGCUGCACCUGUCGACGGCCAAGAGCCGUCCGCUGACGCCGUGCGAGGACGCCAAGACGUGCUCGUCGAACCACUGCGGCUCGAUGCAGCACUGCCGCUCGCUCAGCAGCCGCAGGACGUCCGUGGACGGGGAGAGCCUCGUGUCCUUCGGCGUCACGGACGAAUCGAGGAGCGUGCUGCUGGGGGCGGGCCACCAGGACGUCGGCUCCGACCCCGGCUCUCCCAGCUCGUCCGCCUGCAGCGGGCCCCCGUCGCCGCUCUGCGGCGCGCCGGUGAGGCGCCACCUCGCCGGGCCGCCGGCGGCCCGCGGCUGCCGACCAGGGCCUGCGGCGGGCGGCGCCGCACCGCCCUCGCCGCUCCAGCGCGCGCGGGUGCUGACGAGGCGCUGGCUCGCCGAGCUGCAGGCGGCGAGCGGCGGCGCGGCUGGCUGCCGCGAGCCCAGCUCGCCCGUCGGCAGCAUGCUGCUGAAGGCGAAGCGCCGCCACGCCCGCGCCCGCGGCCUCUAGGCGCUCCCGCGCCGCCCUCGCCCUCGCGCGCGCGCGCGCCCAGUGCCUGCGGAGCAGGGCUGGGGCGUCGUGGCGCGGUGGUGUGCGCAGGGGCUCCGCCGCGGCAGCGCGGUACAGUGCGCUCGUCGGCGAGAUCUCCCGGGCGGGCGGGGAUAGUCCAAGCGGGGCGCUGGCCUAACACUUUUUUUGGCAUCGUCUUGUCCCCACCUGGAUUUGCCAGGGAAGGGGACUGGCUCCGACUGCCCGCGCACAAGGCGGUGCUCUCCGCUAUACGGACUGCAGCGAAAGCUCUCGCUGCGAGGGUCGAACUUGGAAUGCUCCGCGGGUAUCGAGGUUGGCCGAUGGCCCUCACGCCUCCCCCCCCCUUCUCACCAGGUCGAGAGUGGAGCACGCCGCGAAAUCGAGCGUGCUGUUGCCGGAAGCGGGUGUCAUCCGUGCCGCGCCGCUUGCUGCUCUGGGCGUGGGAGCUGGUACGGGCCGCUCUCUGGUUCUCGAACAGAGGCCCGUGCUUCCCGGCUCUGGGCCGACACUGGGUUUGUCCUCCCUCCUCCCUCCUCCCUCCUCCCUCAAAUGUGCCUGGGAUCGGUCUUCUAUCAACACUUGCUGACUGUAUGUGUGUGUGUGUGUCUUUGACGUGUGGCCAAGGUGCAUGCAGUGGACUUCUUGGAAUUGCCAAUGGUCGCAUGCACCGGACCGCUGCGCUGGUGCGCAUGGUACCUUUGCUCUGACUGCUACUGCUGUUGACGCGACAGAAAGUGACUUUGACAAGGGAGUCGGAUGACGCUGGUGUAAUCGAACGCACGGGAGGGAUCUCACCAGAUUAGUUUCGCAGGGCAAGUCGCGUCACAAACUGUCGAGGGCCGCUGCCUGAGUGUACAGAUCGAUCCUUCGCUCUCGUGGCGCGCUUCACGUCGGAGUUGGGUACACAUCCGACUGAGGCUACGAGCUCCUUGUGCGCCCUUGACGCGUGGCUAAGUGGCAUGCAGUCUGCACCUUGGAAUUGCCAAUGGUCGCAUGCACCGAACCGCCGCGCUGGUACUUAUUAUGCCCAUGCUCUGGCUGUAAGUGUUGCAUCCGUGACAGGGAGUGACCGUAAUUGAGGGAUGCGCAGGAUCUGACCACAGGCGUUUCGCGAAGCAGGUCGUGUCACAACCUGUCGACGGCCGCUGAGUAAGUGUACAGUUUUUUGAUUCGCUCAGGUGGCAGGCUUCAAGCCGAAGUCUUUUACGACCUCGACCAACUGGAAGAUGAGUUGCAUAUUGUCGGUGGCAGGAAGAGAGUAGCACUUGCGAUGUAGUGAAUCGCGAGUAGCCAGGAAGGCACAGGGGCCACCGGAUUCGGACAGCCCUCGCGGCCCUUUCUUGGCGCAGCGUGCAUCCAAAAGCCAGAGUCCCAGCCUGGUGGCCUCAAGAGCGUUGGAUACUUGUGCUUGGGCACCUCACCGCUUCUUCCGAGCGUCGUGCUCCGCGCCAGCCUGCCCUCGACACGAGGUGUGCAUGUCUAGCAAUUCGGACUGUUCUGCAGCCCAUGCCUUGAACGCCCCUGAAGCUUCUGAUCUGCGGCUGAAGGCCACGGUCUUAGCGUAAGUCUUCGUGGAGUUCACCACCCGAAUACCAGUCCCUUUCUCCCGUGUGCUUCGGGCGUCGGUUCGCCGUGGGAUCUAAAGGGAUACUCUGCCAGCAUUUGGGUCGCAAAGAGAGGCAGUGAGUCGGAGAAAGGGGCGCUAACUUUUAGUAUGUUUUGUAACUGGCGUCAGGUCGCCACCACCCUGGAUUUGCCAGUGGGAGGUGCGGCAUCCCGCAACAUCGCUGCUAUCCGGUUCGAAACUGGCUCGCGCAGGAAGAUCAACCAUGACUGUCGCCAUGAGAUUCAUGCUGCCGAGAACUGCCAAGCAGAUCCCAGUGGACAGUACCGUAUUGCCGAGGGAGGGGGCUCACCAACGUGGCAGGCAAGGGCUGUUGGGAGGAGGUGCCCGCAAGCAUGCGCCGAUCGUGCGCGUGUCAUUUUGCCUUCUUGCCCAUGGCCGUGUGGCAUGGAAUGUACCGCCUUGUUCUUGACAGCGGUCCCAUGCACGAUGCCCAGUUCGUGGUAUGCACGGACAUGCGUCUCAAUUUUGUGUUCCGCAGGACUGCGACAACAGAAGGACCACGAUUGGAGAGGGGGGCAAUAGUAUGAGCGCAAAGAGUAUGAAUGAACGCAGACGGUUUUCAUGAUGCAUAUUCCGUUACCGCAUGUGGAGAGCUGCUGAGUUUAUGAUGUCUGCUUGUCAUGGGCGGCGGGCGCACUCAAUUGCAGAGCCUCGUGUGAUGUUGUCUGGCCGUUAUUUUGCGGAGAGUUCCCGCUGGGCGGCGGCAUGGCCUCAGCCAAGGUGUGGAGUGGAGGGCGAGGGCAGUGGCACCCCCCCCCGCACGUUCCCCCUCAUUAUCUCACGCGCCGAGGAGCCCCCAGGGGCCAGCGAAUUGCCGCCUAGCGCGGCGUGUGCUGCAACUGCCACAGUCUUGAAGGCGGGCAGGGCCACACCGGCCGCCGGCUGGGGACGCGCCUGCCGCGGCGCGCGCAAAAAAGCUCACUGCCCGGCCUCGGGGAGACCCUCUCUCCGACGCGCGCGGUGGUGGUGCCUAGAGCUCUAGUGCACUGAGAAACUCAAGGCGGCGGCUCGUCGGCGUUUUUGGCCUCUCUGGGCCCUCGCCGGGUCUGGGGGCCUCGGUCGGGAGGCGGCCCAGGGCGGCAUGGCGGUUCUGCCAGGGCCGUCUUUCCGCCCCCCCGCCCCUCCUCGCAGCGGUGGCAAUCGUAUACGCAGGGCGCGGCCUGGGCUCUCCCAGGCGCUGGUGCUCGUGCGCAUGCUGUGGCGAUCGCAGCGCACACGUGCCCCACCCCGCCCAAGCGUUAUUGUUAAUGGAGGAUGACGAUUAAUAAAUGACCAGGGGUCGUGUUCACGCGGCGGCGCCUGGGAUGACGAUUAGAAAAAACCGGCCGCGGAC